GGAGAGAGAAGCGGGUGUUGUAAAAAGGCUGAGGAGAAAAAAUGUAAUCUAAGUGCUGUAUAAGUAUUUAAUUUGUGCAUUUAUUCAGUUCGGACUUUCUACAACACAGAAAUAUUUGUGAAAGAGUUACUCCAAACAGGAGUUCGUCUAGCUCUUUGUUUUCAUAGUGUGGAAAAAUACACUGACGGAAACGCGGUAGAAUCACGGACAUUUAUAUGCGGACUGCGCGUUGAUUAUCGUAUCCGUGUGAAGAGGACCACUGUUCGCUGGACUUUGAUCAGAGCGGGUCUAGAUCGGAUGAGCUCUGGGGUUCGUUUGCUGCUGUCGGGGAAGAAGAUGGUGAGCCGAUGGGUCCAGUAACGCCAGUGUGUGCAGGUGCUCGUGGUGGAUGAAGAGUUGCUGAGAGUCGUUUGCUGACGGAGGAAUUCAGCAGUAAGUCGGUAAAGGACAAUGGCUUCUGACAACAAAAAAGGAGAGGAUUUGCAAAAUUUUUUGCAAAAACACAAAACCAACAUGGAGAAGAAAGCUAAAUGUAUUUCUGAGGGCAACAGGAAAACUACAGCAGAUCUCAAAGCGAUUUACACAGAACUGUUCAUCACAGAGGGAGAUAUGGAAAAGGUCAAUCAGGAACAUGAGGUUCUGAAGAUUGAUGAUGCUUUCAAGAAAAAACAAACACAGGACAAACCAAUCAAAUGCAAUGAUAUUUUUACUGAAUUGAAGAAAACUGAUGAGAAAAAGAUUGUGCUGACAAAGGGCGUCGCUGGCAUUGGAAAAACUGUCUCUGUGCAGAAGUUCAUCCUGGACUGGGCUGAAGGAAAAGCCAAUCAGAAUAUAGACUGUGUGUUCCUGCUCCCAUUCAGAGAGAUUAAUUUGAUGAAAGAUGAAGAGUUUAGUCUCCAUAAGCUUCUGCUGGAAUUUUAUUCUGAACUGAAGGACCUGGAGAAAUCAGAGUUAUAUAAGGGAUGCGAGCUAGCAUUUAUAUUUGAUGGACUUGACGAGAGUCGGUUGCCUUUGGAUUUUAAAAAUAAUAGAUCAUUAAACACCGUUGAGAAAGAGUCAUCUGUAGACGUGCUGUUUACAAGUCUGGUCAAAGGGACUCUGCUUCCAUCAGCUCUCGUCUGGGUGACCUCACGACCAGCAGCAGCCAAUCAGAUCCCUCCUGAGCAUGUGGGUUUGUUCACAGAGGUGAGAGGAUUCACUGACCCGCAGAAGGAGGAAUACUUCAGAAAGAGAUUCCCAGAUGAGACUGUGUCCUCCAGAAUCAUCUCACACAUUAAGACAUCUCGUACUCUCUACAUCAUGUGCCACAUUCCCGUCUUCUGCUUGAUCACGGCCAAAGUCCUUCACAAUAUUCUCAUCAAGAACAAUACAGAGAACAUCAGCACAACACUCACUGAAAUGUACAUUCACUUCCUGCUGAUACAGAUGAACAUGAAGAGCCAGAAGUACGAUAGAAAAACAGAGAGAGAACAUACAAAGCUCUUACAGUCAAACAGAAACAUUAUAUUAAAGUUGGCCAAGCUAGCGUUUGAACAGCUGAAGAAGGAAAACGUUGUGUUCUAUGAGGAAGAUCUGGAAGAAUGUGGUAUUGAUGUGAGUAAAGACUCUGAGUUCACAGGAAUGAUCGCUGAGAUCUUUAAGAAGGAAGACGGACUUCGUGAGUCAAAGAUCUUCUGCUUUACACAUCUGAGUGUCCAAGAGUUUCUUGCUGCAGUGCAUGUGUUCCUCUGUUACCUGAACAAGAACAUGCAGGAGCUUCAAUUCUUCUUUCAUGAGCCCAAUGAGGAUAUCACAUUACAUGAGCUACUGCAAGAGGCUGUUCGUAAAGCCAUGAAGAGUAAGAGAGGACAUCUGGACCUCUUCCUGCGGUUUCUGAUGGGCAUUUCACUGGAAUCCAGUCAGAAACUGCUCAAAGGCCUGAUCACAGACACUGAAGACAAGACAGACACUGAAGACACCACAGAGAGCAUCAGACAAACAACUGAAUACAUUAAACAAAGACUACACGAGGACAAAGCUUUAGUCUUCCUAGAACGGUACAUCUCAGAGGAAGCUUCAGUCAACCUAUUUUACUGCUUACUUGAGCUGAAAGAUAAUUCAUUAUAUGAGGAAAUCCAGAGAUUCCUCAGUCCAGAUGAAGAUCCAGGAAGAGAACUCUCCUUUUCAAUGUGCACAGUGCUGGUCUACACACUGCUGACGUCAGAGAAGGUGCUGGACGAGUUCAAACCAAAGUUCACUUCAUCAUGGUACUACGAGAGACUCAUUCCAGCUGUGAGAUGCUGCAGAAAAGCCCUGUUACAUAGCUGUAAACUCACCGUUCAAUCUUGUCGGAGUUUGUCUUCAGUUCUUCAAUCCUCAAGUGUCCUGAGAGAGCUGGACCUGAGUAACAAUGACCUGCGGGAUUCAGGAGUGAAGCUGCUUUCUGAUGGACUGAAGAGCCCAAACUGUCGGCUACAGAUACUGAGAUGUGCCAUGUGUAAUUUCACUGCUCAGUCUUGUGAGAGUUUAUCUUCAGUUCUUCAAUCCUCAAACAUCCUGAGAGAGCUGGACCUGAGUAACAAUGACCUGCGGGAUUCAGGAGUGAAGCUGCUUUCUGAUGGACUGAAGAGUUCAAACUGUCUGCUACAGAUACUGAGGUUACAUGGCUGUAAUCUGACCAUUCAAUCUUGUGGGAGUUUAUCAUCAGUUCUUCAAUCCUCAAACGUCCUGAGAGAGCUGGACCUGAGUAACAAUGACCUGCAGGAUUCAGGAGUGAAGCUGCUUUCUGAUGGACUGAAGAGCCCAAACUGUCAGCUACAGAUACUGAGAUGUGCCAUGUGUAAUUUCACUGCUCAGUCUUGUGAGAGUUUAUCAUCAGUUCUUCAAUCCUCAAACACCGUCCUGAGAGAGCUGGAUCUGAGUAACAAUGACCUGCAGGAUUCUGGAGUGAAGCUGCUUUCUGAUGGACUGAAGAGUCCAAACUGUCAGCUACAGAUACUGAGAUUGUCUGGCUGUAUGGUGACAGAGGAAGGCUGUGGUUAUGUGUCUUCAGCUCUGAGUUCAAACCCCUCACACCUGAGAGAGCUGGAUCUGAGCUACAACCACCCAGGAGAUUCAGGAGUCAAGCUGUUCUCUGAUAAACUCAAGGAUCCAAACUAUAGACUGGAAAAACUCAAGUAUGUAGAGCAGGAAGAGCUUCCAUUAAACAACUUCAAAAACACCAUUGCAAUAUUCACUUAUUACAAACUAGUUACACUUUAUUAUAGAUUACAUGACUACAUUUAAUAAAGUUCUUAUUGAGAAUGUACAGAGGUUUAGCUCUAGUUAUACUACGUGGCUGUUGGAUGCUUCAUUCUGAUUGGCUGAUGAACAUUACAAGGUGUGCAAUUAUUUUCAGUAAGCGCACAGGUAAAGUAGUUCUACCAGAAAGACUCAGGAGACAAGAGAACGACCGGGUGGUGUUGGGGAGGAUGGGGAUGAACACCGGCGUCAGUUUUUGCAAACAUAGUAUGGGUGUUAACCGGGUUUAAGUACUCCAAAUGUCUGAGUGGUGAUUGGCUAGAUCUGAGGUCAAUGAAUAACGUGAUUAAUGAAUUACGUGAUAUUAGAGUUUUCCCGGUAGAACUUGCACUAGAGCUCCCAUUUCUACCAGAAAGACUUGGGAGGCAAGAGUACUGUGACAAAAGCUCAAUAACUUUUGUGUUUCCCUUUAAAUGCAAUUGAGCUGCUGCUCCCCGCCUCUGUUCAGAAGAGGGUCAAUCCCAGGGCCGGAUUGGGACUCAUUUUCAGCCUUGGAGUUUCAUGCCGUAGACCGGCCCACUUUAGUUCCCGACUGACUAUAUUAAAAUAAUGUAAUUAAAACCUCAGUAUAUAAGCAAUAGUGUUCUGUACAGCCUUGUAAUUCAUUGUAUUUUUCAAAAAUAUUAUUUUCUAUUCAGUGCAAUAGCCGGGUAUGCUCCCCCGGGAUUU